UCCCAGCCCAUAGCCGUGUUGGUAGUCGUUCAGUGGUCGAGUGACUGUUGACACUACAUCCUCUCGCGUGAACACAGAGCAUACACUACAAGAUGAAUCGAGUUGCAGUGGUGUGGGUGUGUCUGGCUUUGGUGGCGUGUGUGGUGGCCAGACGAGGAGGAGGUGGCUUUAAAGGGGGUUUUAGCUGGGGCAAGGGCAGCAACACAGGCAGCAAAGGGACCAGCACCGGAAAUCGAGGAGGCAGUAACACCAAAGGGUCCUCAUCUGGAGGAACUCACUCCCGGCCAGCCAAUUAUCCUCGCCAGCCUCAAGUACCAAACCAAAAUCCUCCACCAUAUCCUGGCACUGGUGGAGGACAUGCAGGCUCUUAUCCAGGAAGAGGGGGUGCUGGAGGAUACCCUAACCAAGGGGGAUACCCUAACCAAGGGGGAUACCCUAACCAAGGGGGAUACCCUAACCAAGGGGGAUACCCUAAUCAGGGACGCUAUCCAGGUCAAGGAUCAUAUCCAGGUCAAGGAUCAUAUCCAGGUCAAGGAUCAUAUCCUGGAGCAGGUUCAUAUCCCAAUAGCUACCCAGGAAGAAGUGGAGCGUACCCUUAUCCUCAAGGUGGUUCUUACCCUGGGUACCCAGUCCGAGGAGCAUCUUAUCCUGGUUCCAAUCCCAACCCGUAUGGUGCUGCAGGAGGAUAUCCUGGAGCAGCACAAUACCCCUACUGGAAUCCCAACAAUAAAAUCAUCAGUCCUCGGUAUGGUGGUAACUAUGGAUAUGGUGGUUAUGGAGCAGGGGGCUCUCCAUUCGCCCAGUCUGUGCACAAUAUGGGUAUGAAGCCGUCUAUCCAAUCGAAGGGAUUUGGUAAGCAGGCGCUGGUGGCUGCUGGAGUCGGUGCUAUGGCUGGCAUGGCAGUAGGUUAUGGCCUGGGCAGUUUUCCACGCCCACACUUUAUGUUUCACAACCCACAAGAAGAAUAUUAUUAUAACCAUUACAUGUACCGACGCUAUGGUACCAGACCUUCUGACAGUAACACAAACCCCAGCUCGGCAGGUGCAGGGCCAGGUGACACUGAAUCAAGUUCAACUAAUAAUGUUCACGACAUUUUUCAAAAUCCUCCACCGCAAUCCUAUGAUAGGUACAUGGACAGUUGUAUGAAGAGAACAGAUUUGUUGAGAGAGGAGCAGGGCAGAAAUAAGAGAGCUGCUGAGGACUCGUGGGUACCAGAGGUAAAGGAUAGUGAAAAGAUUCGCACUGAAAACGAUACAAAUGAGCAACUGGGUGAAGCAGAGGCUCAAAAAUCGGACUUUAUUACAAAAAAUGAGAAAAGCGGGGAAAGAAAUAAAACUAGCAAUGCCACAGAUAACCCUCUGCCAUAUGCUGCCAAGCUGACUGGUGCUACAGAGCCACCCACUGAGCCUCAGGAGGAAAAGAAUGAUCAGAUGAAAGAGGAAGAUGAUGAUACUGUAAGCAUAUUAGAAAUUGGUUAUCCUGCACUAAUUGAGCAGCUAAAAGCUCGACGUUGUGUCGAGCUUUACAUGGUUUAUGCUGAGCAACAUGCUGAGAAACAGGCUCAGAUGCGCAGCGAUAAUAAUGGCGGUGAACAGCUCAUGCCCCUUAGCCAUGGGCUUAUGGUCAUCUCUUUGCUUAUGAGCUCCUUCUUAUUCUACUGAACAUAGAGAGCUUUUCUGAAUUCAUGUAAACACUUUUUAGUCACAGUAAGACAUAUCAAAUGAACUAGAAGUGAAAAAAUUGAAUGUCUGUCAUGGAGUUAACUAUAAAGUUAUAAUAACAAAUCCGUGAUGCAGUUCUAGUCUUUGCAAAUUCUAAAAAGUAAGGGAUCCAUGUUUCAUUAAGGAUUUCUGCCUCAACAUUAUGGUUGUUACUAAUUCUAUACAUAAAGAAAAAAAAACACAGAGGACAUUACCUGCUACUGAAUCUAAAAAAAAGGAUUGUCAUUAUGAAAUGGCUUCUAUUAUCGCCAUCUUUUUUGAUUUUAUAAUCUCACUGCAUGAGUGUGUACAGCAGUACACUUUUAGGCGUUAACAUGUUGCAUCUUUUCUGCAAACAAAUACAAUGUUUUAUUUAUUUCUGAUAACUUAUAGAUAUCACACCCAAAACUUUGACACAUGCCGCUUUUUAAGUGAGUGAUGUUGCUGCUUGUGGCACUAUAAAAAUUGCAAUGGACCUCAUUGAUCAAUCGUAUUUGUACUCCGGAGUCUGUGUUGAAUGAGCAGGUUCAAAUUUAAGAAUGGAGGAUGUGCUCAGAUGUGAAUAGCUUUGUUUCAUUAUGAGAGAGAAUGUUGAAAGAUAAUUGUUUUAGUUGUUGAUGUUUGGGUGCAUACUUUUCUGAUGGAUCUGCUUUGCUGUUGCCAGUUAUUUUUAAUGUUUUACAACAUUUCAGCACAUUGACUUAGACAGUUAAAUUAUUUUCAAAGUAGCCUGCCUGGUGUGCAUGAUUGCUUGGAUACAGUGUAAUUUUUUUUUCUUUUCCCUUUUGCAGUUGACAUGAUUUUCAGAUUUAUUUUUUCCUCUACAGUUUGACCCUUUCCGGUAUUUUUUCAAUUUUUAUUUUUUUAUUUUUUAUUUUUUAACUAAAAGUGAGAUAAAAUGCCCUCAAUUUCUGCAUUUCUGUCUUUACCUAACCAUCUAAUAGUGGCUUAGUGAUUUCGGCUUUCUGUGCUCUUAAAAAUUUUGAACACAUCAUUACGUAUAAACAAGCUGCGUCAGGCACGAUCUGUGCACUUUACACACUCAACAUACUGUACAUAUUAGAGUAACUUGAAAUGAGACAGAAUGAAAUAGAUUUAGUAAAGGGUUGAUCAAUGAGGCUCAGUGUCCUGUUUGUAGUGUUUUGUGGAUUUAUUAUUAACUUUGGAAAUAGCUCAGAUGGCAUUUAUGGCUCAGUACUCUAAUGUAGUUUCUAAUGUCGAUAUAAGAUAAUGAUUCAGUAGGCUGUUUGAAUGUACUUUUAGUUCACUGCACUGAUCUUAAGGAUUUUUUUUAAAACUUAUACACCGGGAAAUUAUUUUGAAAUGUUUUAUUUUUAGAUAGGCUUUUAUUUAAUCUUUAUUUAUGCUGUUUAGCAAGACUUGAGUUUUUGGUCAGUUUAAGCAUUGGAGCUUAGCUCUGUCUAGCUCUGGCCUUUAAGUUCAUAUCUGUACUCGUAUGCAGUACAGGAUUCAUAGCUCAAAUAAAAUAUGUACACGUGUGCUCACUAAAUGGUUUGGUGAAGGGCAAUAUUGCAUCAAGCAUUGCAUCUAAAUGCAACAUGUAAAGAUGGAAAUGUGGAUUUUUGUCAUUUAUUUCUGAAGACUGCACUGACAAAUUUAAUGUACUCUAAUUGUUAUAGUAAUGUUUUUAACUCAUAACUGUUCACGUUUCUCUCUCCAUGUAAAAUCUUAAAUCAAAUGCUGUGUGUCAUGCUCAGUCACUAUUUGGCUUUUUUUUUUUUCAGUUUAGUUUGUAAACAACACAGUAAGGGUAAGUUAAUUUAUGAAGAAAAUCAGCCUGUAGGACAAAAUAUUUUUUGGGUAUUUAUAAAAAUUUCAGAUAAAAAUGUUCAUGCCCUGCUUGUGUUAGUGUGUAAAUUUAUGUAUAAGAUUAUUAUGGACCUCCAUUGUUAAGCUUUGAAGCAUGUACCUUCUGAUGAGCUAAUACACUUUUAUUAAUUUAAUUUAAUAAAUUAUUUUAAUACUCUGUAUUCAAAAAAAUGUGUAUGUGUAUUUUUUGAAUAUAAUUUUUUUAGAAUACUGUGUGAACCUUGUUUUAUUUUAAAGAUACUGACUAAAUAAAUGUUUAUCU